UAAGCGCCAACCUUUCACCUUUGACCCAGUGAAUUAUCCCGGAAGUCGGAGUGACAGCGCCCAUGAACGAGAGACCGGUAGUCAAGUUACCACAAGUAAUGGAUGAGUUGGAGAAGGCACUAAGUCAGUUGGAACUGUCCAAUGACAGUGGAAUGCAGGACACUCAACAAGCAGACUCCAUGGGAAUGUCUGCCUGUGUCAGCUGUAUGCUGACGGCUCUGUCUGAAAAUGGAAGCGAAGCAGGAAGAGUCAUCUUUCACCAUGGAAUUCUGCCCAGGCUGUGUCCUCUGCUCAGCGCUGACUGUAAAGACGUUGCCAAAGUUGCUCAACUAGUAGCUGAGUUAGCCAAAAAUGAAUUUGUAAGGCAGCCUUGUGUGGAAGCUGGCCUUGUCCAGCCAUUGGUGGAGCUGCUCUCAUGUGAUGAUACUGCAGCAGUGAAACAGGCCUGCAGAGCUUUAGGCAACAUCUGCUUUGAUAAUGACCAAGCAAGGGAUGCAGUGCAGUCACUGGGUGGUUUGGAGAAGCUCCUGGCCAUACUGCAAACUCUAACGUCUUCCCAGCAGCAGCCUGACCAUAGCAGCAUGUGCACUGUCGGCUGUGGCUUCUUAUUAAACCUCACCAAUACACAUGAGAGCUUGCAGUCAAAGGCCUUAUCCCUGGGUGCAGUCAAGGUGCUAGGAGAGAUUCUUCAACAAAACUCUGAUGAUUCUUCUGUGUGCCAAAUGGUUCUCCUGUGUGUUGGCAGCCUGGCUGAGUCAGAUGCAGGAAAAGAAAGCCUUUACGGGCCCAACUUUGCCGGUGAUCUGGUGAUGUUGAUGGACUCAGAGGUUGGCUCCGACCUGAUGGAAACUAUCCUGGAGCUGCUGGCAACAUUGGCUGAACAUGAUGGAAUCAAACUACAACUGGUUCAAGCUGGUGCAGCUACUUCCCUUCUGACCCUGAGUUGUGAAUCUGAGGAUGCAAAUAAGGGUGAUGAUGAGUCUAGCUUAUCCAGAGCUUCAGCAGAUCUCAUUGUACAGCUGCUAACUGGAGAUGAGAGCAUGAAGCUGCUGUAUGCCUCUGGUGGCGGACGGGUGCUGAAGGAAGUCAUGUCAGGGUGGCUGCCUUCGGACAGGGAGCAUCUGCACGUGGCUGGGGUGCUGGCUUUGGGAAACUUUGCCAGGAAUGAAGAAAACUGUGUGCAGCUGGUUGCCAUGGGGAUAGUGGAGCCGCUCCUCUCACUCCUCCAUAAGCAUGAUGGGAAGCUGGGGGCCAUGAACAUACAGCACGGUGUACUGAGUGCCCUGAGAAACCUUGCUAUCCCAGUUGCCAACAAAGUGAUUCUCCUGAAAGCCGGUGUGUUGGAGGCCCUGUUUAGCUGUCUGGAUGGGGACAUAUCUCCUGUGCAGUUUAAACUGCUGGGCACUUUAAGGAUGUUGGUCGAUGGACAAGAGUCCCCAGCCCUGCAGAUAGGACAGGAUGCAGCAGUAGUGCGGAGACUGGUGGAGCUGGGGGGAGUGGUGGAACAUGCAGGGGUUAUGGGGGAGGCAAGCAGGCUGCUGGCAGCCAUCAUCAAACAUUCCAGGUCCGAGGAGGUUGUAUCCAGUGUUGUCAAUCAAGGGGGUGUAGCACACUUGGUAGCCAUGGCAACCUCCGAACAUCCAGUGAUGCAGAAUGAGGCUUUGAUUGCCCUUACUAUAGCUGCAACUGUCAGCCCAGAAUCUGCAGUAGGAAGUCUAGAGUCUGCAGAAGUUACCAAUGCCAUCCACAAACUACUUGAUGACAAGAACUGUGAUCCACAUGUCCAGUGUAAUGUCAUGGCAUUCAUCAGUUCUCUCCUCCACUCAGAUGUCCUGUAUGCAGAGUUUGCAAGUAAAGGGGUGUUGGACCAGGUCAAACAACUAUGUAGUCACGACAAUCAACUCCUCUCACAGAACGCCAGGAUGGUACAAGAAAAAAUACAGAUUCAUGGGUCUUGAUUUGCAAACACGUUUUAUACCAAAAUAGCUUAGUAAUAGAUUAAUAUGUAGAUAGUGUUUACAUAAGGAUGUUGCCCUGUCCAUCUUCUGCUUUAAAAAUUCACAGUACAGCUUGGCCUUCUUGGUAUGCUUAUCACACCUCAACUAUGCCAAAAUAUUGACACUGAAAGACGUGUCUAGACAUGUACGUGUGUAUGCAUAGAGAAUACAGGGAUUGGGCCUGCAUGGUGUUAGUAUCAUAUUUGACAAAAAAUCAUGUUAAUAUGUAAUUCUUCACAAGAAUUCUGGAAAAAGUAUCCUGAUUUUGUAUUUAUCAAUACGAUAUUAAUUGGAAAAUAUCACCUCCUUCUGGAGUUAGGGCUCCUUUAAUUAGUGUGACAUCUCGAGAUGCUACAAUGUGAUUUCUCCAGCAAAUCAGUACAAAACAUAAGGUCACAUAUCUGGGUAUACUUUUAUUUUCAAAUUGAUACAAAGGGUAUCUAAUAUUGCUUGUACAUGUACGAGAGAUGUAGAGAUGUAGUUGGAACUAUUAACAUCACAAGUUAUUCCAACAAGUCCCUAAUUUGCAGUCCUAGCUGAUUAGACACCUAAUUUAAUUGAUUAUUGCUCAUACCCCAUAACUGACAUUUACAAUGUAUCAGUGUUGACUUGUGCAAAAAUAGAUACUGCAUGGACACUGCUACAUCAUCUAAUAAAACUGUUGCAUACACUGUAUUUCUCUUAGUUGAUUUUUCUCCUGCUAUAGGGUAUGAACAGUGCAAAAAGUCAAUGUUUAAGUUAUGUCUUAAAGUUUUUAUCUUCCGAAUCACAUUCAUAGAGUACAAAAUGUGACAGAGCACUGCAAACCUUAAAAAUCAGUGCACUUCCCGCUACCGCUUAACAAGUCUUAGAUUCAAGAUAAGUUAGUUGGUAUAUAAAUAAAACAUUUUGU